AUGCCACUCUCUAAUUCCUCUUCUAACUCUUCUCCUUACUCCAAUACACCUACUUCUUCUUCUGGUUAUGUCUCACCAAAAGUGUCCCAAUCUAACUUAAAAACAAAAGAUAUCAGUUUGUCACACAAACAUUCUCAGUCGGCCAGUGAGUUAGCUGGUAUUUACAGCCGACUAUUGGGUUCUGGGUACUUUUGUGACCCGAAAGUAACCAAGUAUGGGUACAUGAGCUUUUUACGACCUGAAAGAUUAUGGCCAGAGAGUGAUCCCUUAGCACUAGCGCAAAAGCUGAAGAGACAAGGGGACAGUCUUUACAACCAGAAUCGCCACCAGGCCUAUCGCUUAUGGCUGGAGUCAUUAGUACUGCAUUUACAAGAAAGCACUCAAAGCUUGGCCAAGAUUCAGAACUUAGCCAAGUUUGUCCAUUCGAUUCGGUCUUUAAUCAGGCCAGAUGAUAAGCAGGCGCAAAAGGUCUUUCUAAGUGUUUAUUUAUGCCUAGAGUAUGCUGCAUUAAAGUGGCAGCCACCAAGCAAGGAAAGGCUCGUCCUAGUUGAUCAAAUAGUUCAAACUGCAUAUCAACAGGAGACACCGAUCGUGCCUUUCGAGUAUUUAUCUGAGUACGCCACUAGACGACUCAAUCUACUUUAUUAUAACUAA